AUGGAACCAAACAAAGUUGAUACAAUCACUCAAAAACUAUUGAAAGGAUUGAUUUCACAUAAUGAUCGUAAGGCUAGAGCGCACACUAGAAAAGAGAUAAUCGAUAAAUAUAAUCAUGUCUAUGGAAAGAAUAUAAAUGUUGUUCCAAUAACAUGCACAAUCAAAAUUAUAUUGAAAACUCCAACCAAUUAUCAUCUAUGGAUUAAUGUAGAGGGAUCUAAAACAUUACCACAAACAACUGAAUCAAGAUUGAAAGGUUUCGAAUCUUUUUAUGAAGAGGAUCCUGCUUUAUCAUUUUCACUUGAAGAGAUUGGUAGAAAUGGUUUUAAUAUUGAAAUUAAAUUAAUCAAUGACAACGCACCAAAUUUACUUUGUAAUACUUUGAGAAGUUUCUCCUCUAUUGUCUAUAAUGUACAAUCUGGUUUAGUAGGUAAUGGAAUGGAAAAAUUACAAUUUGAAGUUUCUAGAACAUUGAACGACAUCAAUGAUUUCGAGUUGGGUAAAAUUGAUUUCCAAAUCAGUUUGGAACCAAUUCCACAUUUCGGAAUUAAAUAUUGGAAGAGACUACCAGUAUUUGAUCCAGAUACAAAGAUUCCUGCUCUGGCAAUGCCGAGUCCAGGUUUUGUUGAACAUGAUGAGUUCAAUGAAAUGAUUGUUGCUUUUGUAAUUAUUUAUUGGAUGUUACGUGGAGAAAAACAUGCAUGGGAUAUGUUACCACCCAAUGUAUAUACGAGAUCUGAUUUUGCUACUUCAGAUGAAUUCUUUGUUUACAGAAGAUUGAAUGGAUGCAACCGUCCUUAUAACUUUUUCAAGAAGGUAGAAGGAAAAGAAUGGGACUAUGAAAUGAGACUCAGUUUUUCUGGAUACGAAAUCAGAAAGGAUGUUUGGCUACCAGAUAAUACAUGUUGUAAUUUCAAAUUAGUCGAUGACCAAUUGGUUAUAGUCAAUGUACAAUAUCAAAUGAAACCAGAUGGACCAGUUAUAACACAACUUGCCGAUGGAAGUCCAGAGUGGAAUGAAUUCAAAAUCAAAUACAUGAUGAUUGAGUUCAAUUAUAAUAUUACUUGGGCACAUGUUGGAGUACAUUUUAUAGUUGAAAUGUAUAAUAUGGCAUUCUAUAGAAAUAUAAUUAGAAAUCCAAUUAAAAAGUUACUCUACCCUCACUUUGAUGGAGUUAUCUUUAAUAAUUGGUUGGUUGUCAGACCAAUGUAUAAUGGUGUUGUAACUUUGGCUGCUGCGCUCACCUAUGAAGGUCAGGUACAAAUGCUCACCGAGAAGUUUAAGCAUAUGACUUACCGUUGGAAACCAAACCCACUUCCAUCGAACAUCAAGAAUAACACCUAUGACGAAGCGGACCUAGCAGCAUGGAAGUUGAUCGGUGAAUACGUCGAUGACUUUAUCUCGCACAACAAAGUGGAAAUCAACCAACAUUGGAGUGAGAUUGUUGCCGUAUCGAAAGAUCUGGUCGAUCAUCAACUCAACGAAGAUCCAAAGGCUAACUCCAUUGAGACAAUGGAAGAACUCAGAGACUGUUGUGUCUUUAUCAUCUAUCAGGCGGUUUUCAGACAUGCCUGGAUCCAUUGGAAGGCAUGGGACGACGAAUCUCAGGCGAUACUCUACAACAAAGAUGGUGAAACAUCGCUCAAGGAUAUUAUCUACCAUCAAAACCUUGGAAAUGCAAUAGAGGCCGGUGUCCAAUAUCCAUCGGCAUACGUCCGUCACUAUCCGAUUUUGGAUCAUGAAUUCGGUGGACCAGAGUUUUUACAACGAAAACUUUGGGAGAAUGCCCACAAAAUCAAUCCUGGAAUUUCAAUUGGAUCACUUGUAAUGAGUCCAAAUAUUUAA